AUGCAUGGAAUUGUGAAUGAUAGCAUGGAUAAAGGUUCAAUAAUGGACUCGGAAGACCGAAUAGAAAGGAUUGAUAUCUACGUCAGUGCAGAGGCUGUAAGAGUCACGAAACAUAAGAAAGAGACAGAAGACUUCAACACAGAAGAACCCCGAACACCUCGACACACAGAAGACUUCAACACAGAAGAACCCCGAACACCUCGACACACAGAAGACUUCAACACAGAAGAACCCCGAACACCUCGACACACAGGAAGUGAUGGUGUGACGAUCUCCAGAGCAGCUGGUGUGUGUUUGGGGCUGAUGUGUGUUCUUCUGAUGACUGCAGUCAUAGUGUUGUGUGUCACCUUCAUUCAAGAGAGACAACAGCUGCUAACCAACAAUAUGAGCCUCACUCAAGAGAGACAACAGCUGAAGACUAAGAUCACCAACCUUGCAGAAGAGAGAGACAAGUUAAAAUCAGAAAUAAAUGAUCUUCAGAAGUUUGUGGAUGGAUGGAAGUGUCAUCAAUCCAGUCUUUACUUCUUUUCCUCUGAGAAGAAGAACUGGGAUGAGAGCAGAAGAUACUGUAGAGAGAGAGGAGCAGAUCUGAUCAUCAUCAACAACAGAGAGGAACAAGAUUUUGUGAAGAAUAUUUCUGGUUCUGAUCAUUUCUGGAUUGGUUUGACUGAUGUUGAAGAGGAGGGCAGAUGGAAAUGGGUUGAUGGCAGCAACAUCAACAUCACCUCUGGGUUCUGGAAGUUUGGAGAACCAAACAGCCAUCAGGGAAAUGAAGACUGUGCUGACACUCAUUCAUCAGGAUGGUUUGAUACUAAAUGUGAUAGUAGUGUUAAAUGGAUCUGUGAGAAGAGUAUCCUUAAAUAGUACAUAUUAUAAUACAAAUGUACAUAUAUGCAUUAUAAACAAAUAAAUAUGUUAGUAUUUUUACCUGUUUAUUUUUUAAAAAACAAUUUGAAUGGCACAUUAAGUUAUUCUGUAAAAACAAAUAAAAAAUAAAUAUAAAAAAACAUUGUAAUAUAAAAAUUUUCAUAUCUAACUUUUUAAAAUCAUUUUGUUUUGAAUUUUUAGAUUUGAACUAAAAUCUGAAUGUGAAAAACAACAGUGAUGUUUCUACAGACUGAAAUACACUAAUAUAGAAAUAUUAAUAAAAAAUACCAAAAUGAUCAUGAUUUUAGGAGUAUUACUCAGUACAUCAGUAAAGUUUGUAAUUACAGUAUGACAUCAGUACAUCAGCUUUUUUGUAAUUACAGUAUGACAAUAAACCUACUUGACGAUGA